AUGGAAGGGGAAUCUUACCACAAUGCUACUACCGUCAAUGGCACCCCAGUGAAUCACCAGCCUUUGGAACGCCACAGGUUGUGGGAAGUCAUCACCAUCGCAGCUGUGACAGCUGUGGUGAGCCUGAUCACCGUCGUGGGCAACGUCUUAGUCAUGAUCUCUUUCAAAGUCAACAGCCAGCUGAAGACAGUUAAUAACUAUUACCUGCUCAGCUUAGCCUGUGCAGACCUCAUCAUUGGGAUCUUCUCCAUGAACCUCUACACCACCUACAUCCUCAUGGGACACUGGGCUCUCGGGAGUCUGGCUUGUGACCUUUGGCUCGCACUGGACUACGUGGCCAGCAAUGCUUCUGUCAUGAACCUUCUGGUGAUCAGUUUUGACCGAUACUUUUCUAUCACAAGACCCCUGACGUAUCGGGCCAAGCGUACCCCAAAGAGGGCUGGCAUCAUGAUUGGCUUGGCCUGGCUGAUCUCCUUCAUCCUCUGGGCCCCAGCGAUCCUCUGCUGGCAGUACUUGGUUGGGGAGCGGACGGUCCCACCAGAUGAGUGCCAGAUCCAGUUCCUCUCGGAGCCCACCAUCACUUUUGGCACUGCCAUCGCUGCGUUCUACAUCCCUGUUUCUGUGAUGACAAUCCUCUACUGCCGGAUCUACCGGGAAACAGAGAAGCGAACCAAGGACCUGGCCGACCUCCAGGGCUCUGACUGCAUGGCUGAAACUGAGAAGAGAAAGCCAGCUCACGAGGCUCUGCUCACGUCCUGCUUUAGCUGCUGCCCCCAGCCCACACUGGCCCAGAGGGAAAGGAACCAAGCCUCCUGGCCAUCCUCCUGCAGGAGCACCUCCGUCACUGGGAAGCCAUCCCGAGCCACUGGCCCGAGCACUGAGUGGGGCAAAGCUGAGCAGCUGACCACCUGUAGCAGCUACCCCUCCUCAGAAGAUGAAGACAAGCCCACCACUGACCCUGUCUUUCAAGUGGUCUACAAGAGUCAGGCCAAGGAAAGCCCAAGGGAAGAAUUCAGUGCUGAAGAGGUCAAGGAAACUUUUGUGAACGCUCAAACUGAAAAAAAUGACUAUGACAGCCAAAAAUACUUCCAGUCUCCAGCUGCUGCUCAUCGACCCAAGAGUCAGAAGGGCAUGGCCUAUAAGUUCCGACUGGUGGUGAAAGCUGAUGGGACCCAGGAUACCAACAACGGCUGUCGCAAGGUGAAAAUCAUGCCCUGCUCCUUCCCGGUGUCCAAGGACCCUUCAACGAAAGGCCUUGAUGCCAACCUCAGCCAUCAGAUGACCAAACGAAAGAGGAUGGUCCUCGUCAAAGAGAGGAAAGCAGCCCAGACCCUGAGUGCAAUUCUCCUGGCUUUCAUCAUCACGUGGACCCCUUACAACAUCAUGGUCCUGGUUUCCACCUUCUGCGACAAGUGUGUCCCAGUCACCCUGUGGCACUUGGGCUACUGGCUGUGUUAUGUCAAUAGCACUGUCAACCCCAUUUGCUAUGCCCUCUGCAACAGAACCUUCAGGAAGACCUUUAAGAUGCUGCUUCUCUGCCGAUGGAAAAAGAAAAAAGUGGAAGAGAAAUUGUACUGGCAGGGGAACAGCAAGCUCCCCUGA